CAAAGAUCAAAUGUGUUAACAAUCCAUGAAUACAGUAAGAAAAUAGACGAAGAGCUCCGCCCAUUUUGUAUAAUUUGCACGCUCCUCUGAUAUCUGGUGGUACUGGUGAGGUACAUGCAUAACAGCAACCGGGUCCCCUGCGGCUCUGGCUUGCAUUUGAUCGGAUUUCCGUCGGUCGUGGUUUGUGUUCAGACUUGGGCUUUCAAAGUGACGUGAGCUGAAUGAUACAGCAAACAUUCACUUCUAUCGCUCUAGGAUUGCAUGGUGUUGGCCUGAUCCCUGCCCCUAUGCCUCUCUGUAGAGGUCACAUGAUAAAGCUCGUUGCCUGUGAUUGAUAGCGAGAGGAGAGAAAGAGAGAAGUAGAAGAAGCGGUAUUGUUCUACGAACUUCACAGUCUGUCGAGAGACAGGAUUGCUUGCGCCGCCAAGUAAUUACACCGCUUGAUAAUGGUUCUCACCUAUACCCACACAUCAUGAAACAAAAGAAUACGACGAUGAUGAGUUGGUAGAAGGAAGAAGAUGCACUACAUUGUGAUGUCAUAGAAUACCUGGAUUACCAUAGCAACUCCUCAUUCCCAUUCCAUCUCUAUAUAAAAAUGAGGGCUCUUAGAAUAUUGACACCCAAUCUCCUAAAGUCAUCUCAUUCAGUCACCAGGAUGUUUCACCUUCUCCUCCUGGUCUGUUUUAUGGGCGGGGCUGGCUCUGUCUCCAUCACCGUGGGAACAUACAACAUCUGGAAUGUCAUGUUCAACUGGGAUGUACGCAAGCACCAUAUUGCAGAAAUGAUCAGAGCCUCAAACCUUGAUGUGAUUGGUUUCCAAGAGGUGAGGGCAGAUCAAGACCCGAGCUUCCCCAGUCGGCGACGUCAAACCCAGGUCGAUGAACUCCAGGAGCUCUUGCUGCCCGAAUACAAGUGGUCUACAUUCCAGCUUGGUCAUGACAUGCAUUCACCAAGAGAUGGCGCUGCUAAGGAAUGGCAGCAUGAAGGUCUAGCCCUCCUGAGCAGGCACCCAAUCCUCAAGUCUCAGAAGCAGGACCUGUCCCACCACUCAAGGACAGACAAGGUCAAAAGAAAGGUCCUUCAUGUCACCUUGAUGGUCAGUGGGUAUGAGGUUGUCAUCUCUGUGGUCCACUUUUCUUAUGACAAAUGGCAACAGUGCAACAAUGUGGCUGAGGUCAUGGAAUAUAUCAGAGACGCAAAGCCCAAGUACUCCAUCCUCCUUGGUGAUUUUAACACCUACAAUGAUUACGAAGGUCCCCUGGAGGGGCUGCACAUGGGCUACUUUUCCUCGCAGAAUAAGUGCCCCAAGUAUGCCAAAUCCAAGAACCCAACGGUGGAGUCUGAACUCACAGCUUACGAUGAUGCCUGGAAGGUCAUGCACUAUGGGGACAAUGGUUUCACUUUCAGUAACAUGCCAUCGCCGGGCUUUCUGAGCAGGCCAGACAGAAUUCUUGCCAGCAAUCGCUUCUUUAAAGUCAUCUCUGCAGACAUCAAAGGCUAUGGCAACAUCUAUGCACAAAAAUAUCAAAGAUACAUAACUUUUGCAAGAAGGAAAGCUAUAAUAGAGGCAGGCAGGCGGACAUAUUCUGGAGAGCCUGGUGGGGAUUGCUUGCAUGACUGUGGGCCAAAUGGUGUGUGCCAGUGUGGUGUGUGUGUAAGGGGCAGAGACAGAGAACCUUGUUCAGUUCCGCACUGUACGGCAUGCAGCGCAGACUUAUACAGACGCUAUUGUAUUUUGAGGAUCAUUUUUGGAGCUUUUACCUUCCAACUCUUUGUUGGUUUAAUCCAGACAGUACUUGCCAUAACUCAAGGUGGCAAUGUGCAUAGACAUAAAUCUCUGGCACGCCUUUGCCAAGUUCCCCUCGUCGUUGCCCCGUCGUGGAGACACGUGCGCCACUUCCAUCUGGCCUCAUCGAUACGUACCAUCUUGAGUUCAUGUCGUAACCUAGCUCUCGUCAAUCUCUCAAUCAGCCUUCUAGGGAUGUUGUCUCUUGCGAUGUUGUCACAGUCCUGGUUUGAAGAACCUUUGCAGCUCUUGGAAAGUCCGCUUCUAGAAGAGUUCAAUCCAUCUGAUCACCUCUUGGUCAUUGCAGAAUUGAGAUUUCUCUAGAGAGUAUUAAUCAUAGAUUUUAUAUAUUUCAUUCUUUCAGUUGAAAUUUUCAGGGUGUUAUCUAUUUUUGUGUAAUAGAUCAGAGAGAUGGAUGAUUAAAUUAAUGAUCUCUCAUAUAUAUUAUUUCUCUCAUGUAUUAUUUGAUGGGAAGUUGUAAGUUGGAUCACAAAAGCUAUUGCCUCCAAAGAAGGAAUCAUGAUUUAAUAAUAGUCAUGCAAACCCAAAUUGUCAUACAAGUGCAUGCCUCUCUGAAACUGCCUUAGUGAAUCUGACUAUUUUCCUUCCUCUCUGUACUUUUCCCUUUUUGUAAUAAAAAGAAUAUUUUGCCAAUUUUCUAUCAUCUCAUUUCUGGUGCUAUAUGACAAGUUUUAUGUUGUGCUUGCCUUGGAAAAUAAUUUCCUUGCAUAUUAACCACUUUUGUAUCACUGAGAAGGCCUUUGUCUACAUAUUGAAUUGUUAAUUUGAUAAAUGAUCUGUUCAGCCAUCUUGCUUAUUAGUUUAAGAAUUAUGUUA